AUGCGUAUGAUGUUUUUAUGAGAUGAGUUUAAGAAAUUUGAAGUCGCUAUCAGUUCAAGCGGUGGAAAUGUCAGAAAGAUAAUGAAUUUGAAAUACAAUUAUUUGUCAUUCAAAAAAGAAUCACAACAGCAAAAUGAUGCUAAGAUAUCAAGCAAACAUGGCAUGGAGUAUUAUAAAAUCGGAAAAUACAAAAAAGCUAAGAAAUGUUUUAAGAAAUGCCUCGAAAGUCAGAAGACCUUACUAGGUGAUGAACAUGUUGAUGUAGCUACGACUUUAAACUAUCUUGGUAAUGUGUAUCCUGAACAUGUUGAUGUAGCUACGAUUUUAAACAAUCUUGGUAAUGUGUAUUAUGAGACCAACAAUUAUGCCAAAGCCAAAGAGUGUAAUGAAAAAGCGUUGCAAAUUCAACAAAAAUCACUUGGUCCUAAACAUGUUGAUGUGGCUAAGACUUUAAACGAUCUUGGUAAUAUGUAUCUUUGUACUAAAGAAUAUGACAAAGCAAAAGAAUUAUUUGAUAAAGCGCUAGAAAUUCAACAGAAAUCAUUUGGUCUUGAAUAUGUUGAUGUAGCUACGACUUUAAACAAUCUUGGCAAUGUGUACCAUCGUACUAAAGAAUAUGACUUAGCAGAAGAAUUAUUUAAAGAAGCGUUGAAAAUUCAACAAAAAUUACUAGGUUCUGAACAUGUUGACGUAGCUAAGACUUUAAAUGAUCUUGGUAAUGUGUAUAAUGAGACCAACAAAUUUACCAAAGGCAAAGAGUGUUACAAAAAACAGUUAGGUAAUGUGUAUUAUGAGACCAAGCAAUAUGCCAAAGCCAAAGAGUGUUAUGAAAAAGCUUUGGAAAUUCGAAAAAAAUCACUUUGUCCUAAACAUGUUGAUGUGGCUACGACUUUAAACAAUCUUGGUAAUGUGUAUUAUGAGACCAAGCAAUAUGCCGAAGUCAAAGAGUGCUAUGAAAAAGCGUUGGAAAUUCGAAAAAAAUCACUAGGUCCUGAACAUGUUGAUGUAGCUACGACUUUAAACAAUCUUGGUAAUGUGUAUUAUGAGACCAAGAAAUAUGCCGAAGCCAAAGAGUGUUAUGAAAAAGGGUUGGAAAUUAGAAGAAAAUCACUUGGUCCUAAACAUGUUGAUGUAGCCACGACUUUAAACAAUCUUGGCAAUGUGUACCAUCGUACUAAAGAGUAUGACAAUUUUGGCAAUGCGAUUCGUCCCACUAAACUAUGUGACAAUGCAAAAGAAUUUAACGAAAAAGUGUUGGAAAUUCGACAAAAAUCUGUUGCUUCGGAUCAUGGUGUUUUUACUGAAUCUUCAAACAAUAUUGAAAUAAUGUCUGAUGACACUGCUGAUGCUAAAGCCCCUUCAAAUUUACACGUUCAUACGGAGAAAAUAGAAGAAAUUAAACAAAUUCUGCUAGAGUUUGCCAAAGAAAUUUCUGAUAAAUGGAAGGAUUUGGCAAGAUUUCUGAAUGUCAGCGAUGCGAAAAUAAAAGAAAUUGAACUAGAUCAUCGUAAUGUGGAGUGGCAAGGGUUUGAAAUGCUAAAGUUUUGGUGGGAUAAUCGAGAAAAGAAUCAGUUGUGGUACGAAGAACUUGCUGUUGCUUUUAGCAAGAUCGAGAAAAAAAAUUUGGCUAAAGACCUUGUUAAUAAAGGUGCAAAUGUUGCUAAAUACUGUUAAACUGAAAUUAAAAGGUCAUUUGUUCAUUUUUUAUAAUCGCCAUUUUCAUGUAAAUCUCAGAAGCCAACAUUGGAUUGGUUAUAUUGAUUUACAUUUUAAUAAUAUACAUGAGAAAACUUCUCAGUUCUCAUUGGUUAAUUAAGAGCAGUGCAAUUUAUUGUAAUUAUCAGUGGAAAAAAUAAGAAACACGGUGCCGAAAAAAGGAAAUACAGUGCAAUUUUUUUUAAAAAAAAUUUGCUCCUGAUUGGUUAAUCAAGCAAAGAAGUGAUCUAAGAACCAGUCAAAAUAAAACAUUUCAAAGGCGUGAAAGUUAAAUUAAAGUAAGCAAAGCAAAUGCAAUGUCUGGUGCAAGUUUACGUAAAUUUUCCUUGGUGAACGAGCUAACACUUCACCGUUUGCAAGACGUGUUUGGAAAAAAUAUGAACACUGCCAAAAGUAGUUACCUUGUUCUAGCUGCGUGUGUGAAAGCUAUAGUGUUAUAAAAAGUAAUAUCCAAUGGAAUUGUAAUAUACGAGCCAGCCAGAUUUAAGAAAUGUUUUCAUGUAUAUUAAAUCCUUAAUAACUGAGCUCGAGGUGUUUUGGAGAAAUAUCGGACCGUAGUCUUUUUGCACCAACCGACCCCGUAGUAAAGUAUAGAUCGUGAAAUCGAGGUUAUUAAAAUGUUUAUUAUAUACGGCAUUAUUUGACCUGAAACAAAGCUUGCUUUCUUUCUGGUCCUUGCUGUUUUGUAAGAUUUGGCUUUCACUUUUCUAGUUUUUGUUAGUAAAAAUAUAUCAUUUCUAAUUUUGUAUCGUCUGCAUAAUUAAAAUCUUUUCGUGAGUUUUUCCUUUUACUCACAU